AGAGGAGCUUCAAGAAUUAAUUCAUGAAGGCUGACUGUGUUAAAAACAGCGAAGCUGAACCUGACCUUGUCUCAGGAGAGGUGACAGUCAGGGAGCCAGGGCUGUGCCUCUGUACCAGGGUCAUCAUGCUCCAGGUGCCAGCAGUGGGCACUCCCUCGUUUAAAGCCCCCUGAGCAUUGCUUGCUGGGUGGGCACAGCCGCUCACUCACGCUCCCCAUGUAGGAGAAGGGGCAGAAUUGGAAGGAUACAAGCAUGAGAAAUAGAGUUGACAUAAAGCCAAGUUACCGGGUAGAUCGAAUCCCCCUAACGGAGGUUCACCAGAGCAGGUUGCACAGGAACACAUUCGAGUGGGUUUGGAUAUUUACCCAUGCUCCAGAUGUGGUCUCCCCAGGGCAGAGCAGAGGGGAAGAACAAUUCCCUUGCCCUGCUGGCCUUUCUCCUUCCUUACUCCAGUUUGGAGCAUGGUGCUACAUGGAACAUCCCUUCGGUCAGUAAGGGGCAGCUAUCCUGGCUGUGACCCCCGCUUCCCCCAGGCCGCAGCAGCGCAGCUUCCGAGCAGCUCCAUGGAGCCCCGCACCCAGGGCUCAGCGCUCCAGCACCAAAGCUGUGCAGAGGGCACACCCUGCUUGUCCUCACAAGGACAUAUCUCAUAGGCUUGAGUUUCCUUUACAGAGAAACGAAAGUGAAAGAAAGAACUUGGCCACUCCCUUGCACUGCUCUCCCGUCGCACAGUGGUGGGGCAGUGCAUUCUCAGAGUCGCCGUACCAGCAGCGGGUCAAGAAGCACUGGGUUGAAGCAAACGCUGUGUCUCCCAGUGGCAUUCCUCCCGUUGGUGCUGGUGCUUUUCUCCACGCAUCUUACGUGUGCCCUGAGGAGUGCUCGCAGCACAGGAGAGGGGCAGCACAGCGGUAGCAGCGGUUGGGGCUGUACUGCCCUGUAAGGGCUGUGCUAAUCCAUCCCAGAGCGCUGCUGAGGGUCUCGGGGCAGGUGCUGGCUUGCAGGCUGCUGCUCCGCACACCGGUGACCACGCACCAUCAGCCGGAGGAGGGUGUUGUAGCAGGAGUGUCACCAAGAGCUGCGGUGGUGCAGGACUGUGUGCCUUUGAUAACGACAGCGUCCUCAAGUUGGGUUCAGUGACUGAAGAGCCGAAGGCAGCGCAGACUCUAAGGACCCUUUGCCUCUGCCAACCCCAUGGACCGGGACCCAAGAGCUACAUUACAGGGCUCUGUGAACCUAACAGACCAAAUGCAGGGUCCUGGCCAUGCUGCAUUUCAGGACCGUUCAAGGGUUUUGGCAAGGAAAGAAGAGAGAGAUAAAUCCCAUUUGAAGAUUAGUGGGAAUCUCUUCAUCAAGCAGUUCUUGCAUUUGCUGACUAAGCGGCAGCUGGCUGAAGACAUCAAAACGCAAUACAUGGAAAAGGUGCUGCACGCAGUGUUCUUCUUUGGAAGGCUACAUAAGAGGCAGAUGAGACCCAAUGACUUCCUAGAGCCCAGCACUUUGCAGACGCUGCAGGCGAAGUACCCUCAGUCAUUCCAGCAGUACGGCACCCAUCUGCCCAGCCUGACACCAUACUCCAUCCUGCUGCAGUUCGGCAACGAAGUAGUGGGCUGCAGCACCCAAGAGGAAAUGGAGUCUUUCUUGCGUGAAUUUAAUAGUGCUGUGCAAACAGCAAUGCAGCAACAAGAACAUAUCAUGAAGCCCAGCAAUUUCAUCUUCAGAGCCGCGAUUGUCUCUUACAGCUUUUACAGAGAACCUCAGAACAAAGCAGGCUUCCCUCUCUUUUACGGAGCAUCUCUCUCCUGCAGCGGGGAGGCAGAGAGGGAGAUCAUGAUUAGCAUCCUGUGCCUAAGGACGUGGCACAAGGCGGUGGCGUUUGCAGUGUACCACGGGCUGGACGACCUGGCCAUUGUCUUCCCUGAUGAAGUGCAGUGCCGAGCAUUCUGCUACAGCAAUGGAGCCUUCAAGGAAAAGCCACCCUGCGUGAAAUGCAAGAAGAUGUACCAUGUCGACUUCCAGCCGUCUGUGGGUGACACCAGGGAAGAUGUCCAGUGGCCAUAUGGAAACUGUGCCGAGAAUGAGAGCCUGAGCAAACUGCUGCAGGGCGUGCCAGGGCUGCAGGAGAAGGUCACCACAACAGACCUGGACACCUACCAAAGCAUUGAGCAAGAGUUUGCAAGCAAAAUAGAAGCAAGUUUUAGAGAUCAGCUUAUCAAGCUGCUUCAGAAGAAGAAUUUUCCUCUUCCUCUGCAGUUCUUCGAGCCACAGUGA